UACAGCAGGGCCCGAUGCAAUAUUGCAUUCGAAACGAUUCACGAUGCAACGCUAAGUACGCACGGCCACGGCGACCAACCAGUUCCACUUUCCGCUGCCAUUCCUUCCGAGAGAAAAAUGGUGAGAAAAAUGAAACCUCGUGUCGCCGCUGCUAUCGACUUCAAUCGUGCGGAAAUCGUUCAGGCCAGUGCGCGGUUUUGCCUAAGAAAGGGCACCGGAACCAGAGCUACGCUUUGACAGCGAAGCACGACUCGACGAAUGUCGGUACCAGCUAUUGGGGGGGAAGAAACAAAAAAAGGCAUCAUAACCAUUCGACAAACAGCACGCUUUCCUGGCAGCAGAGAGAGAGAGAGAGGGAGCGCAUUGUGCCCAAUGCUUGCCCCGUGCUUGUGUGUCAUAAGAGGUACAAAUUACAGCUCUUGCUUGUGCGGUGUGGAAACAUGCAGCAUACAUGCUAACCAUGCCCGCGAUAUCGGGUAGGAUCGGAUGAAGAGAAAGUUACAGAUUCAAACCAAACGGGCACAACGUUUAAAUUAUAGACCGUUCGCGCUAACAGCUCCCUAAAAUCCUCCCCUGAACGGGUGAGGUUUGGCCGUGCUAGAAGCUAUAGUAGGUAGUAGCAGGCAGUGGGCACUUUACACAUGAGUAAACCCAUUCAAAAUGGGAUUUAAACAAAAAAUGAAACCCAUCAUAACACUGCCGCUCUGCUCGCUACUGCUGUUGGUCAUGCUGGUUAGAAAUCGAAGAUUAUUGAGCACUGCUGUGCAUCGUGCACCACACACCACUACACGCAUCGGAAGUAGCGUGGCGUUGUAUAACAACACGAUCGUCACCUUCGCAUCAAUAUUCAUCUCUGUGAUCGGGUUGGUCCCUGGUGCAACUGGUCCCGGUGAUUGAAUCCCGGCCCUCAAAGUCAGUCACUUGCAGGUGGUGUUCAUAGACACAGGCAGCUAGGCUAGGCUAGGGUGUAUUGCAAGCGCUUUGCAACGGAGAACGCGUGCUAGGCGGGUCUGUCAUCCAUUACACGUUGGUUUGCUGUUUGCACCGCAGUCGGAAGAACCACACCCAAACGCAAACCCUUCGCGCCAACUAUGGGCAAUUCGAAGAUUUCACGCGAUCCAAAGAAAGAGGAAAGCAGCCCAACGGCGGAGGAAGAGGGUGUGGUGCCGGCGGAACCAUUGCCGGCACAGAAACCGUCCCAAAACGAAAUCUCGCGUAUUACGAUGGCAAACGCAGAGUCCGGCGCUGAUCAGGCCGAUCGUGGCAUGCGAAAGGAGUACUUCAACAGCAGCGGAGCGGGCAAGUUUUUGCCGCCGGUGCUGAAGCUGCUCGAGCUGGCUGUCGCAAUCGUUUGCAUCGGACUGAUCGAUGAUCCGGCCCACCAUUCGCGGCUGCGCGUGUUCAUCUCAUCGCGCACCGUUGCGCUGGCCUACGGGACGUUCGUCUUGUUUCUGGUAUUUUCCGUGGUUUAUCUGUUCGGAAAGGUCAUUCGAGACAACUUUCCGUGGAAACUAAGCUCGUUGCUGAACUUGACCGGUUUCAUCUUAUACCUGGCGACCGCCGCCUGCAUCUUGAACGACUGGUCCGAGACGAAGAACCGCAACUACUGGCCGCCCAACACGCAAAGAAUGGAUUUCUUGUGCGGUGCUGGCUCGGUUGCAGUGGUCGGCGCAUUGUUCUAUCUGAUCGAUCUAAUUGUCACCGUGCGCCUAGGCAUGAAGGGUGAAAUCGAAUGAACACAUCGCCAUCCCCGAUGGAGGCAUUUUUCUAACACUACGUUAACGUUAGGAUAACAACACAUUUUGUCAUAAUAUUCUUCCAUCCAUUAGAUGUUAAGCUUAAUACGUUAUCUAUGUUAUUAUCUCCUUCGAAACAACCUGUAAAUAUCGAGACACAUGAGCUAUGCAAGCCAAACUAUCGUUUAUCCAGGUUUUCCAGUUGUGAUUAGGUGCUGGAAAAAUCUCCCCCCGACCAAUUACCUCGGCCCAGUGACGAGACCGUCCAAAUGAAUCGUGAAAACGUUUUUUUCCCCAUCCAAACUAUAGCCUUUUAAUCACGUUGAAAAGUUCAAAUUUUCACCAUCACCAAUCAUUGAGCUAUUUAAGCAUUUUUGAGGGCAUUUUGAACACAUUGGUUCAUAACUUUAAAUGCAAAUGCAUUUCGUCCAAUUAAUUCGCAAUCUCAGCAAUAAGCUCUUCUUCACAUUCACUUUAAAUCGAUUUUAUAAUUCGUCAGUACAACAUUUUUUUUAGAUGAGUGAAGAACUAAUCUACCAAAUAUUAGAACGUAAGAAGCUGCAACGAACUACCGGAAAAGCCGUGAAUAUUGUACGACACGGUUUUCUACCAUCAUUAUAUAUGUUAAGCUUCUACCACCGUUAAUGCAUGUGCAUUUUUGUUUUAUCUCUAAUUGUUAAGCGCACAUAUUUUGUCAAUAUUCUCCUUUCAAUGGAUGGUAACAUCAUUAGAUUGCGAAGAAGAAUGUUGUGCAGGAUAGGCAGCGAGUGUUUUGUUCUCUUCAAAAGCCAUACGUUAAAUUACGUUGUUAAGCAUAAAACAAUGAAGAUGGACGUUAAUGUCCUCUUGUACAAAAUAAGUUUUCUACAACUAUCAUUUAAGCAAAUUUGCAUUUCAAGAUGAAACACGAAACAUUACACUCUUUUGAGGAAUACAUUCGAAUUUCUAAUAAAUACAA